AUGAUCAAUUCGGAAGUCCAGCAGGGAAUGGACGAAAAGCUGGAAGCUUUGGGUCGUGCACUUGAAGAAGCUGAACCCCCGAUGAGCACCCAUAGUAAGGAUAGAAUCGUUGCUGCUCUGGUUGACCUGUUCCGGGAAAUCUGGCCGGCGAUACAGACAUCCUAUCCUGGGUUGGCCCAAUUUAUUACACGUUACAGGCCGAUACAUGAGAUUGUGGGAACUCCUCAGCCGGAAUCAGGGAGUGCCUGGACACUUUCUACUGUGGAGGCAGCUAGGGCGCCCGGGGAAAAUGCCUCUGAAAGUUCCUCCGCUGACAUUGAGGAAUUGUUCAUGGUGGACGCUAUCGAUACGGGCAAUAGUAACCAAAGCGGCCAACUACAGCCAGACCAAUUCAGCCCUGAGGGGGUCAGUGCGAUCGAUUCUCUCGUACCAGAAAUCGGUAUCAACGCUGCUUUACAAGCCUGCGGACCAAAUCUAAGCAACCGCGAGCUUGACGACCUACUUGCGUUGGCCGAUAGUUUUUCCGGCAUUGGGGACCUGCCGCCCGCCGAAGAUUUUGAUUACUCGUUGUUUGUCACCCAGUCUCCCGCAGGCGUGGGUUUGGAGGUUCCACCAUUGCCGUCGGUCGGGUCUAGCAGUGACUGGAUCACCGACAACAUCAUGGCCGAUAACAUUUCAUUGGACCUUGCGGAUGCCACUUCCACGGAUCAUAAUAUGAGGAUCAUCGAAAGCGAAGCCGAAACAACAAAUAUCACUUUUGACAAGCCGAGACACGUAGUUGACUUGGAUUCGCCCGUCUCCGUCGGCGAAGACUUUCCUGUCGUGGUGCAGGCAAUGCAGGAUUGCGGAUCGAGCGCGUGUGCUCGAGAAGCCGAAAAUGAGAUAUGCGUCAUCUCGGCGCACUCGGAGAAGGGGUUGGAUAUCAACAGGAUGGUAGAGGAAACCGGGUUGGCCCUAUUGAAGGGUGAUGAUAUCUCGCUUGACUGGAUCCCCCCCAAUGAUCAUUUCCAGUGCGCAUGGGGUGUGUUUAGUGGCCAGGACCUUAAAGUGAUGCUUCAUGACCUUCUUCACCCAUCCAGAAUGAUAAGUGAGCUCACAGUUGACUAUUUUGCGCGGAAGCUAUUUGCUAGACAGGCGCCUCCUGGAUCGUGGGUCGGCAGGGAACAUGAGUUAGACAAGCUAACCGAACUGCGAUACCGGAAACUUGUGAUCCUUAUCAGAGAAGCCGAGAAGUGGUCACUGAUUGAGGUCCAGCUCUAUGCUAGCAAAGUCAUUCACUACAAUUGUUACGCGGCCGACCAAUCGACAACCCCAUCCUGGGAUCACAGUGGAUGCUCUUCCUGCCUCAGGAUAGGCGAGCGUGUAAUGCAAUUAUUACACCAGCAACAAGACGCAGUGAUGCCCUGGGAGAACCUGGCAAGUAAUAUCACCACGUCGGCUCCAGAUAUAGCCUGGCUUAUCUGGACCACGCGCGUCCUAGCCGCCGAGCAAAUAGAUUUGUCUCUCUUGACAACGACGGAGUAUCGAUUCGAACUGGCCCAAGAGAUACUCUUUGAUCUCAAAGCAGCCCAGACCGCCCAGCUGACUGUCAUGUCUCGAAAUUAUCCUGCUCUAGCCAAUGACGAGCAGACACUCGCGGCAUUCUACAUGGACAUGGGUGCGAGGACCAUGUGCGGCGAUCAACUCUGGAGAAUAGUGCAGGGGUUGGCGGAGUCCGAACCCGGACGUCAACAAUUGGGUCUCCAGCGCGCUGCCGAAUUGUUCCAACUCGCCAUCGGUGUUGCUUCACCUGAGGCUCUGACAAUGCUCAAAGGAUGUCUGCGCGAGUUGCGGUCGCAAUCCCAGCCACCAGACGAAUACCCGGAAACCGCCGGUGGGGUCUUUCGUGCGCUACAAGCCUUUUCUAAGAAGAGCCAUCUCUCCUCGGUAGGACUUAGAUUGGCCCAGUGGAAGUUGCACCGGAUGAAAAAGGGUUCGGAAUCUUUUGCGAAGGAAAUCGCUCUUUCCAUUGCACCUGGAAAAGAAGCUCCUACGUCUGCCGAGAUCAGCCGUGUUCUAGCAGGGUACAAUAAAGGAGUCUACUGGAAUAAUCUGGUGGAAGCCGCUGGUAAAAACGACCCGAAUAUCCUGUGCCUCAUUCCUCCCAUUGUUGUUGGGCCCCCUCCCUGGCUGCGCAAUUUCAGGCCCACCGCAUAUCGGGACAUGCCUAUAGCCGAAAAAGCAAUAUUGGGGACCAUUCUCUGGAAAUUGAAGCGCCAAAUUUUUAUGGGCGUGGAUACUAAUCUAUCGAGUGUUUUGCUCUACAUGAGACCCCCGGCAGAUCUUUACCCACUGGAAGAAACAAGCGAUGAAUCUAUUUUGCAGAAUGACUCGUUGUCAUUUGACCCCCACUUGUUGAGAGGGCCUGGUCGUGUGUAG